GCCCGACGAGGCAAGGGGGGUAGUGGUGGGGAGGGGGGGGGGGAGGGAGAGGAGCCGGGGGAGCGCGCGCUCGUAUGUAAAUGAGCGGGCGUGAGGUCAGAGGCAGAUGGAAAAGGGAACAGACAGAAUGGCCGCCGCGGCUCCCGCUCCUCCUGCCGCCGCCUCCCAGUGCCGGAGCCCCCGCUGCACGGCGGAGCGCAGGGGAGUCCGCCGAGAACUCGACUCCUGGCGGCACCGGCUCAUGCACUGUGUGGGUUUUGAAAGUAUUUUAGAAGGGCUUUAUGGACCAAGGCUACGAAGAGACCUCAGUUUAUUUGAAGACUGUGAGCCAGAAGAGCUAACUGACUGGUCUAUGGAUGAGAAAUGUUCCUUUUGUAAUUUACACAAAGAAACAGUCAGUGAUCGUGCAUCAGUUAUCGGUUCUUCACAGUCAACACCUACAGAGGAACUGUCAUCUCAGGGCCAGUCCAACACUGAUAAGAUUGAAUGCCAAGCAGAAAACUAUCUAAAUGCACUCUUUCGAAAGAAAGAUCUUCCUCAGAACUGUGAUCCUAACAUUCCCCUAGUUGCUCAGGAAUUAAUGAAAAAAAUGAUCCGUCAGUUUGCGAUUGAGUACAUUUCAAAAAGUAGCAAAAUUCAAGAGAACAGAAAUGGUUCAUCGUUUGAACCAAGUCUGAUAUGUAAAAGUAUCCAAAUGAACCAAACGGAAAACUCCCUUCAGGAAGAACAGGAUAGCCCUCUAGACCUCACUGUGAAUCGAACUCAAGAACAGAAUACUCAGCAAGGGGAUGGAGUGCUAGAUCUCUCUACAAAGAAAAGCGCAAGGUUGGAAGAACCAAAAUAUGACCCAGUGUGUUCUGAAAACUCAGUGUCUGGUUCAAGCUCAACAGCUGAUGCAAAUUCAGAGGAAACAGCUAAUUUUGAAAAAGGAAAAUCAACAUUAAGCAAAGUUUUGGAGUCUUUUUGUUCAUAUCACUGGCAACAGACUUUGGCUAUGUUAAAAUUUCUAAUACAAGAUGAAAACUUUCCUAUAGCUUGCAGUUGCAAGCAAACACAUUUGGUCCACUCUGAAACUCCCAGUUCCCUUACUGAAGAGGAUGUUCACGUUUCAUUUUGUAAUUGCAAUGGGCAUAUGCUGACAAAAAGGUGCUGUUUACAAACUCAAAGACCAAACACUUGUUUACCACCUCUGUCUGUCUGUAUUAAAGAUUUCCAUUCUUUGUCAUGCCAAGCUGUAGCAAUUGGAUGUAUUAAGACAAUGGUGAACAAAGCAUGUAGUUCUCAUAAGUAUUGUGCUGAACAGUUGCAAAAUUACAACUGGCAUUCUGGGAAAGCAGCAGCAUGUACAUAUUCAACUAAGGACUGUGAUCUCUUGAGCAGCAUUAAAAAUUCAAAUAGAUCUCGCAGCCCAUCACCACCUCCACUAUCACCUGUACAGAGUAAAGAAUUUGAAUCAUUGGAAGGAUCGGUUACAGAUUUCCCAACUUUAGACAACAAGCUUGAAAUAUCCGUCAACCAGCCUCCAUCCCUCUUGCCAGCUGAAGGAAGCAACGGAAAAUUUGAAUAUGAAAGUAAAACAUGCAAAGGAAAAGAGACAAUGUUGCUAUCAACAGACCAAGAAAGCAACAACUAUUAUAUAAAUCCCGAGAAGGCUGAGAAAGGUGAACAUUCUGCCAUUUUUCAAGAUUUAAUGGACCGCAUUAAUGAAAAGCUAAAAUCAAUAGACACUACAGAUAUAGCAACAAAUCUUGUAAAACUUUCUAGCAGUGACAGGACACCAGAAAACGAUGUCAAAUUAGGAGACUUCAUAACCUCCCUUUUGCAUAAUGCUAAGGCAAGUGAUUACAGCUUUAUGGAGUUACUUCGCCAACAUGAUAAACAAAUGGAAAAUAAAAUCAUCCAAACAAGAUUUCGCAAGCGUCAGGAAACUUUAUUUUCAAUGUAUAAUUCUCCUGAUUCACCAUUCAUUCGACGACAGUCUUUGCAAAUCAAGAGGGAGCUUGCAAGCCUUGAUGAAACCCUUGUAAGAAAAAAGUCAAUUUCUGAGAGAAAUGCAAAGAAAUCCACCAGAAAAAUCGAUAAAAUAUAUCCAAAUAAAAGACACAGUUUUACUGUGAUAGAAGAGGAGGCUUUGCAACAUCUUGAAAAUAACCCAUGCAUGAAUUGCCAAACCAAACCAAGGUGCUUUCCACUACACCAAACAGAGUCUUUCAAACUACCUCUUACUAAUUUUCACACUAGCUCUGGCUUUCUAGUUCUUUCAGAAAACAGUGCUAUUGCAGCCAGACAGGCGAAACUCGCAAAAACGCAAGGAGAUUGUGCAACCUUAAAUGAGACUGGUCAAAUUCCUCUACAGGAUGAGAGUAAUGGAAUCUUGGGCAGAACUAAACGUAAUAUUGUGCCUCCUGGAUGGUACUCUGUGUAUGUAACAAACAAUAUUGUGUUUAGAAAGUCAUCCAAUGCAAAAAAUGCUUGUGAGAGUUUGGAAAAAAUGAAACUAAAUAAAGAUGUUCAUGCUGAAAGAUGCAGUGACAUAAAUAUCAGCAAAAUUGUGAGAGACACAAAUCUGCAAGUUGUUGUAGAGCGUUUAGAAGAUACAAUAAGCUUAGCCAGAAAGACUAACAACUCAUUGUUGGAUAGUUACAGAAUAAGCCAAAAAGUUAAUGCAUACGAACCGGUUAUGAACCCAGGUGCUAGAAGAGGCUUGCCUUUCACUGUGAGUGAAAUGGGAUUCAAAGGACAAAGCUUCCUUCCACAUUCACAUGUGCCAAGCAGCAGUAAAAUCAAAACCAUGUGUGUGACAACAAACAAACAAGAAAUGGUUAUACAUCAAGCAAUAAAUGACAGCCUUUUGAAAUCUCUGACCUUUAAUUCAUCCAGUUCAACUUCCAACAAUGGGGACUCAAAUACAACUUCUGAAGCUGGGGAGAUCUCAUCUCCCUUAAACUACUCCAGUCCUAUUAAGCUUAUGUUUGUCUCAGAGGUUAAUAGUAGUGAAGGAGUCAAAUAUACUUUGACAUCUGCAGCUGCAUCUUCUAAAGGAAGCACAGAUAUUUGUUUGUUUCAGGGGCACUCCAACACUUUGUUAGACAAACAGGUCACAGGAGACCUUUCUCAUGCAAUCUGUGUCAAGGAUUGUGAUUACAGUGAAAAUGAGACCAAGGAGGAGUCCAGUUGUGUUUAUGCAGAAGCAGUUACACGCUUUUGUCCAAUUGGUCAAACUACCUUAAAUGACUCAAAACAAAAUGACGAAGUUGUGGAGAAACCAAGCAGUAGUAGUGAAUUGGUUUUAAAAAGAAAACCUGGUAGACCAAAGAAAAUAGGUCCUCAAGUUGUUAAGCAGGUUAAGAGACCUAUUGGACGGCCUCCUAAACCAAAAGUAGACAUGACUGAAAGUACAGAACCUAGACCUAAACUUAGUAGUGAUGGUAAAAGUACCGACUUGAGUGCAGGAGUAAUGGAAGAAGUUAACAGCAACAAAAAUAUUACUGUGACAGUUGUUUUUGGAAGGUCAAGAAGAACUAAAAGACAUGUUUCUGAAAGUAAUCUAAAUGUAAUUAGCAUUCUGCCCACACAACACAUUGAUUCUAAUUUUGCUAAUGACCACAGCAAAGUAAGGCACAAUGUGGAAACUGAAAAUGCUCUUACUGAAAUAGUAAAAGCCUUACAAAAUUCUUCUACUGAAAACGAGGUCUCUGGUUAUGACUAUGUCAGACCUAUCAAGAGUAACCUAGCAUCACCACAUCCGUGCAGCAAUAUUAUACGGCCUAUUAAGAAACCGCUAACCACCAUUCGUAAACCCGGCAGGCCAGCAAAAGUAAAAAUCUCCGGCAUAUCUGUGACUGUUAAUAGAGUUUCACCUCAGGAAAGAAAAGUGAGUAUUAGCAACUGUUUGCCUCCUUUGCAACAGCAGAGUGUGUUAGAAAAAAAUGUACCACAGGAGAGGAAAAAUCAACUGUGCAAUAAUAUGGGUCAAGUAAAGAGCAUGCAGAAAGAUUCUAGAGAGGAUAGAUCAAACAAUGUUAUUACAACAGUGUCAAGAAAACAUGAAAUUCCAUCGAGACAUUCUGCUAGAGACAGAAAACCCUCGCUGCAUUUUUUACAUUCAUUAGCAUCUUCUAGUGCAUUUACUUGUAGAAGUGCCUUACUACAUAAAUCUUACAAACUCCAUUUGAAAAAAGCUAAAGAUCGAAAGGAAAAACAUAGGCAAUCAAAUCAGAGCACAGCAUCCAAAGAUACCUCAGAACUGAGAAAUUCAGGAAAUGCAAAAAUGGAUCUUAAGGAUGGUGAAUUCGGGGCCAUUAAUGAAGUAUCAUCGGAUCCCAUUUUUUCAUCUAAUCCUUCUCUCAGGUGGUGGCCUACUUCCACUUCAAGUGACACUUUGUUGGAAGAACUAAACAAUAGAUUUGAACAAAUAACUAAUACCUGGUUGCGAGUGGGGGGAAAUGAGUUUGAUAAAUGUGAGUGUGAAAAAGGGAAUCCCAUUGAACAAGACUGUGAUACUGAAAUGUCAAACCGUUUAGACUCCUGCCUUGUAGAACUUGAAACAUCACCUAUAAAAAUGCUUUUUCAGAAAAAGUGUAAUAUGAAUGAACUCUGCACCUGGUUUAUGCAAACUACAGAAACGCAGUCUCUCUCUCUAGUGAGAAAGGCAAAUGCUCGCAAUCCAUUAGAAGUAGUUAGUACUAGAGAGAUAAAGAUGGAAGCUAAACAAUCUGAUCUUAAUACUUGCCCUUUCAGAAAGCACUUUAAAAAGUUUGCACUAUCCUCGCCUUCCAAACCAGCAGGGAAAUUACAGAUACUACAUAACAUGGUGAGGUCUCCAGUCUUAAGCAUGAAAAGUAAUUUCACAUUAGCCAGAUUAAAAAGAAAUGAAUUUAAGAAGCUACGGCGUGAUAGAUGGGGACAGAUGAAAAAGCUCUAUAACCAGGCUCCCGGAGGCUGGAAAUCAAAACAGAAAAAUCUGCAGUUCUUUUGCCAAAGCCAGUUGUUUAAAAGUACAAGUGGGGAAGCCAAUGAUGAAAUGCCCAAGCUCCAGGAAAAAAAUACAGUAGAAAUCCAGCCCACUCAGACUUUGGUAGAAUCUCAGAGUAGCCUCUUGCCAACUGAGAAUGAAGCCAGAGAUGCAUUUGUUCAACAGAUGAUGGGAUCUUCUGAGUUUAACCCACAUCCUGGUUUAGCAAAUAUACUUAAGUCACAUGCAGAGACAAACGGAACAGUUUGUUGCCAACAAAAUGUUAGAAAAGAGCAAAGCCAAGAUAAAUUGUUUCAAAAUACUUGGAAAGCCAAAACCUUUAAAGAUUGUAGGAUAUUUCUGAAAAAAAUCAACCAUAUCGAGCAGCACAAUUCAUUUAAGUUAAAUAAUGUCAUUUAUUCUCCGGAAGCUGUUGAAAGUAAAAGCACUCAGGCCUAUAUGGAAGAAAAAAGACAUCCUCUUUUGAGGUCCCAUUCUACUAAACAAAAUACAUUAAAGAAACAAGAAAAUGAAAUGGAAACAUCUAAAGGAUCCAAUUCUUCUAAAGUGACUGAAAGGCUGGAUGACCAGUUUCACAGCACAAAAUUUAGAGGUGUAAACCAUGAUGAUAAUCCUGCUGGUAGUUCUGAAGUUCUUAUCAGAAUAAACAAAAGAAAAAGUCCACAAUGGGAGACCACUGAUACAAAUAUAAGGAAAAGGCAUAAGAGACAAUCAUGCAGUAGUGGACAAAUGGCAACUUAUUACCCAAAGUACCAAGUAGCUAAACUCAACAUACAAACCUUGUUUUUAGGAAGUUCAAACCUUGACACAAGACUGCUGUAAGAGCCAGACCUAGAAAAGGAAAGGGUAACAUCUAUCUGUUUCUGUUUUGCAAAUGAAGAAAGAGCUCUCUCAUAGAUUUAUUUCAUAAUUUUGACUGUAGUUAAGAAAAUUUUGCAUUCAAAUAUUUAAACCUUUUCUUGCUAUGGCAAUGUAAGGCCUAUUACUGUGAUAUGGUCUCAUGUUAGUUUUAAUUGGGACUCAAUUUUAUUUACCUGAUAACUUUCCUCCUUUAGUUUUGGAUCUUUAGGAAAUCUGAUAACUAUUUUGAUAUUUUACAUUAUUUCAUUUACGAUUUUUGUUAUUUUCGCUUUUACUCAUAGUUUCUCAUAUCAAUUGUUGUCUUUAGAAAGUUCACUGAUAAACGAAAUGUUAAAAGACAAAGAAUUAUGAUUCUGGAAUUCUCUUCACACUUACAAACCCCAAUUUUUUUCAGAGAUACUGUUGCAGUAUUGGGGGAUUGUCUGACAUAGAAAAGGGUGUCUCGUUUUGGCACAUUGAUUCAACAUUGUGUACUGUCUGCACUAGCCAAGGAAAUCAUAUAAGCAUUUUUAGUCUAAAGUAUAGCUACUGGCUAAAAAGAACGAACAUGAUUUCUAGCUGUGCAUGUAUCUGUUUUCAGACAUAAUUCCUACAUCUGGAAGUUUAAUGCACAUGAAAACAUCAUUAUUCAUUUAUGUGUUCUUUGGACUGUAUUUUUGUUGAUGUGGUAUCAUAAAUUGCAUCAUUGUUCUGUUGUCAUGCCUGAAAUGUUCUUAUUACACAUUUAUGGUCAAUAUUUAAAGUUUUUCUUCAAGUUUUACUGAUCUUGGUGUCUUACUGAAUAUGCUUGAAAGAAAAAGGUGUUGUGAUGCUGUUUUAUUGUGAAGCAUUGUGGCAGGUAGGCAGAACACUGUUAUCAAAUGUUUAUGUAUACUCAGUUUUUGCUAGAAUGUGCAAGUGGGAAUAAAGCUCUGGAGUUCUUACAGCUCAAGGUAGUAUCAAGCAACCAGAACUAGCCAUGUACUCAUUCUAGCAACAGAAGGAAGUCGAUCACUUUUUCAUAUUACCUGUUUUAUUCAAGAUAAGGUGGCUGGUAGAUACAUUGGUCCAUAUGACUUUUGAACUGUUGCUUCAACAAUGCAUUUGAUGUGUUGAACAGUGGUCCCCUUUUACUGUAAAUCUAUGUUCUGACUAUUUUAAUUUCUUCAGUGAAAGUGAAACAUUAUUACUCUCUGAGGUGGCAAAGAAAAUUAUGUAAGCCUGUUUUUAGGAAAGCAUUUAUGUUUUCUCUCAAUGAGAGUGGUUCACUGUGUUUCAUUAUAACACUGAAGACCACAUUCAUGUGCUUUGGACUUGGCCAAAAGGCUUCAAGAGAACCAAGCUGAAAUAAGAGAAACUGUUACCCAGCAGUAAAACAGGACACUGUGAAAGACUCCAUUUUAGAAACUUACAGUAUACUGAGUAUUUAAAAAAAUCUCCUUCAGAGGGUGUGGAUUUAUCACAGAUGCAAAGGAGGCUGUGGACCUACUACAGUAGCAGGCAGAACUGUAGGCUGUGAUGACAUCACAUACCUGUUUACUUACCCUUUGUGUCAGGGUGGGAGUUCACAUGGAAGAGCUUCUAAAAAUCAAUUCUAAUCACUUGAAGCUAGGAUAUUUUCUUCAUCUAAAAUAAUUUUCUCCAUUAUAAUUUGGCUUUUCUCCAGUAGUCUGGAGUUUUAGAAGAAAAUCUAUUGUAUUUGUCGGUAGAGAAUAUAAAUUUUCAAUUUUGAUUUUUCAUUAUAUUUCAAUGCUGGCUUUAAAUGCUAUCUUAGGGAGAUCAAGUUAGUGCAGUACUUAACAGUGAGAAUUUGCUAAUCUUUGUAAUAAUUUCAAAGUUGACUACAAGAGUUAGGAAUCUAACUAUGAAAACUUGGUAUCUUUAUGAGUCUAAGUGUUCUCGAUUGUGCACUUGAAACUACAUCUAUAUUAAUAUGACAACAGACAAAACUUUCCUUAACUUUGACCUCCGUUACCAGAAAUUUUCUUAAAAUUGGGAGGGAAAAUGCUGUGAACUCUUUACACAUCUAUAUUAGUAUGGCAUUAAUAUUCCAGUAUUGUUGCUUAUUUGUCUUGUGGCAGUGCGGUACAGUAGCAAUAAGGCUACAGUGUGAAUCGCUUUCCUACUACUAUGGAAGACAUCAGUCUUUGAUCUGGUGACAAAAAGAACUGGUUUUUAGCAAGUCUCUUGGGCUUUCUCUAUCACAAAGCAGCACAUUUUAUACUCCUAGUGGGGAACAAAUUUAAAAUAUUGGGUUACAUAAAAUGCAAAAUGGACGUAGUGUAACAGCCAUUAAAUCCGUUGAUUUUUGAGAAAUGCUUUUCAACAGCUUAGCUCUUUUCACAAAGGCUUUUCAUCAGAGUAAGUUUCACCUGUGAUGCAGAGUAAGCAGAUAGAAAUGUUUGUAACUGCAAUUGCCAGACGAGAAGUUGCUUUUUCACAGACAGCCAUAAAAUAAAGGAAGAAAAUUAAUAGAAGAUGCAGGAAGAAUAUUGAAAUGAAUGACUCAGUAAGUGGGCUUUUUUUAAUGCAAAAGUAUAAAAGCAAAAAAGGUAGACUUGAUAUGUAGUUGACCACACAUAUAUAAUAAAUCCUGACUCAUUAAAUGAGCUUAAUGGUCUCUCCUUCAUUCCCCUUAAUGCAACAACAACAGCUCUAAUACCACAGCCUAAUACUCAAUCUUGUUUUACACUCCGGAAUUCCAUUUGCCAAAUCCAAUUAUAUAGUCUUUCCUUCCCUUGUCUUGUUCUCCCAUCAUGUGAUCUACUGUGAGCUGUAUAAAGUUUGGGAGCUGUGUGAGUUUAAACUGUGGUCAUUUACAUCUUGCCUUAGGGUAUGCUGUUCCUCUGGUUCUUUUGAGGGUUCUGAGCUAAGGAUUUUUACUUCUUCUUGUUUGAGUAGUAGACUUCUUUCAAAGAACUCUACUCUGAAGUCUUUUAUUUCCUUUACCUGAAAGGAAAUUUCAGUAGUUUAGUGUCAUGAUGAAUAAGCGUUUGUGUAGGAUUUAUAUAUCCAGUUUAAAACAUAAGUGAGGUUUUUUUUCAUCAUUCAGUAUUGUUUUAUUAUCUCUUUAUUUCCUCAAAAACUGAGAUGCUCAUACUUAUGCUUUUCUAUUUGUCCUAAGUCCUGAGGAAAUGGUUAAAUUGUUCAGCUUUCUUUAGGGUAUUGGUAAUAACUACAUAAAUACAGACACUUAACAGCUUAAGCCGUUCUCUAGAAGAGAAAACAGUUUUGCCAGGCCUCCCAUAGUUGUGAAGCUAUGACAGGUACAUAUGCCUUUUAAAAUCCUUUGUUCUGUUAGGAGUUUACGCUUAAAGCAGAGCUUCAGCUACUGUUAUAUAGGAUACAGGUCGAUCAACACAGCCUGUGGUGAUUGUAAAUUUGUAAUUUUGUAAAGGAAGUGUCGAUGUAGUCUGAUCAUCACAAAGCAGUUAAUUAUACUGAGACAAUUCCACAUUUUGAUGUUGAACUCUGGUAAAAUAUUUCUGUUCAAGAUGCUUUAAUUCAUAAAGGCAUGUGUACUGUGCCUUAGUUUGCAUUCCUCUAUGGUUUAUGUGCUGAAGUUGGUGGUGUUUUUCUUUCACAAAAUUUUUGCAAAGCAUCUUACACUAGAAUCUCCAGUUAGUUCAUAGAAUCACAGAAUGGUUUGGGUUGGAAGGGACCCUAAUGAUCAUCUAGU